AUCAAAUCCCGAUCCAAACGUUCUUUACAAGCCUCAUUUUCAGUCGCUCUGAUAUUAUCAUACCUUUAGUCAGAUUCAACUAUCACAUCUUCCUUCCACACGCAUCAAAUCCUCGAAUUAAACACCCUCCUAUCCUAUCCAAGCAAGAUCAUCAUGCGUUCAUUCCUUUCUACCCUUGUAUUCGUGGCAGUGUGUGCUUACUCAGCCCGUGCUGAUGCCCCUGCUAGCCCAGCAAACAGCCCAGCGGGUGCCCAACCAAAGAUCGUUACCAUGAAAUGUAGUCAAGCUUUCAUGCCUAUCUCUGAAGCCGACCUGGCGGCCAUGAACUCGACUGACCCUACGCAAGCUCCAGCAGGAAACUACUCGACUGUUCCCACAGAGGCAGCUUGCAAAGCCUUCGAUGAUCCCACUGGUGGGUUCUGCAACCCCAAGUCUUGCGUUGGCUACCCAGUGGGCGAGCAAUGCAAUGAAGUGAUCAUUACAGGUGCCAAUAGCACUAGUCUUUCUAACACUACUGUCGCUCGUGUGUCCUGCGAAGUCAAUUACUUCAAGCCUGCGCCCAACGAUGCCGACCAACGAGUUCUCUGCACUGCCCAAGAUCAGAAGAUCUACAGCUGCAAGGGUAAAUGCGCAGGCGAAGCCACCUGCACUGAAUGUGUCAGCAUGAGCGAUCCAGCUCUCGCAAACUUGUAGGCCUUCGUUGGUUCAUCAGAUAGGUCAUAGACGACGAGAUCUGGGCCAUGGAGGUCUAGUUGGGAAACUCUUUCACGAUUUUUGUUCAUUUCCUUCACAAUAGUACGCUUUUGAAGCCAGCGUGUAAAGCCUAUUGUUUACAUUAUGACUUCCAAGGAUGAACUACAAAUAGAUGUGACUACACUGCUGCUUACUUAGCAUGAAAAGCACUAUCGAUCUGAACACCCAUUCCUUGGGCAUUUUCGUAUCUUAUCACCUUUCUCUUAUCUCUUGUUGGAAGCAAUUAGUCAAUUUAACUUCAAGGAUCACCCUUUACUGGGUCUUCUCAUGGUAUAAAUCGAGUUCCCGCCUC